AUGGAUACUCUAGACAUCAUGAACAGCCCUGCCCAGGACCUCUCCACCGAACGCCCAACCGAGAAUACCAAUAUCCCCGCGCCUUUUAAGCCUAAGAAGCAUCGUCGCAGCCGCCACGACCCUGAGCCGGACUGGUCGGCGCAGAUGCGCGAGAAAAUCUCCAAGUCCCACCGCCGAAUGGGACAUGCUUGUGAUCGUUGCAAGCUCAAGAAGAUGAAAUGCACACCCGAAAACGAGGGCUGCGCCUGCUGUCGAGCCCUCAAUCUCCCAUGCAAAGUCACAGACCGCGUAACCGGUGAGACCUUUGUACGCGGUGCCGCUGGGAAAAUGCGCCGCAUGAUUGAGGAUCUCAAUAAAGAGAACUAUGACUUGAAGCGGGAGAAUGGACUUCUGAAGCAAGAGAUUGCCCAGAAGGACCUUCGCUAUGAGCAGCUUGAAUUGUCGUGCGAGGAUCUCAAGGUACGGUACUUUCAAAUGAGGGAUGAGCGAGAGCGAAAGCUUUAUAAGACCGAUCCUUUCAGUGACAAUUUUGCCUACGAGGUAUGUUCUCCUUUUCGUUGA